GUCUGGGGAAGAGAGGAUAGAGUAGGAACAAAAGGAAAUACCUCCCUUUGCUGGAGAGGAAAGGGUUAAGCCUAUUACAGAAGACCAAUCAGGACUGGGGUAGCACUGCAAACCUCCGCAGUGAGAGAGAGAGAGAGAGAGAGAGAGAGAGAGAGAGAGAGAGAGAGAGAGAGAGAGAGAGGGAGUGAGAAGAUAGAGAGAGGGGAGAGCAGAGCGGGAGAUAGGGAGAUACGAAGAGUGUGAUGGUUUGCACUCACAAUCCACACAGUUAGGCAGAGAGGGAGAGCAACAGAGAGUUGUUGAGAUGAGGAGAAAUCUCAAACCUGCUCAUGUGGAUGGAUAGGAGAGAAAAAAGGGAAAGAGGGGGGAAAAAAAGAAGAAUCCCACCAGCAUCUCUGUCAGGAAUAAUCUCUGUGGACUUGUUUUUUUUCUCUCUGGGACACGGGACGGAAGAGCAUCUGUGAGUUGUUUGACCCUUGUUUGUUCAUCAAUAUUCGAUCCCACUUCUUGGAUUACUGCAGGAAGGAGCAAAGGAUAAACCAGCAGGUUUUAUUGGUUGACCCAGAUUGUUGCAGAGCUGUAAGGAGAGGAGACAGCCUUGUGUGUGGACCAGCUCGGGAGCAUCUGUGUUUACCGUGCAUGGUGAGCUUACUGUGUUUUGAUGGGGCACUCUACUUACUGGUUUGAUUUACAGCACUCAGUCAAGUACAGUGGAGGUGACAACCAAUAAAACUCAAAGCCAACCAUCUCUGUUACAUCAAAUCAUGAGUCUGCUUGAAAACCAUCCAGAAUUUCUGGAUAACUUCAUUUAUAAUGCAUCGCUGACAGACUUGACAGACUCGCUGACAUUUAAAAACGUACUGUCUUAACGUAACAUCAAUGAACCAAUUAAAAUAUAAUCAAUGUAAGACCAAAAGUGGCUGCAUAACACUCAGAGAGGCGUGUGAUGAUUUAUUUAUGCAUUAGGAUGUCUGUAUAUUCCCCAUACAGCAGGCUUUCGUUUUGCAUCUACACGAAUACACAGUCUCGGCUGUCACACUCGAUGAUACGAGAAACUUGAUAUGCUAAAGCGUACUUUGAAGCUGUGUAUCUCUACAACAUGCCGUCUAAUCCUCCCUUUCCUAGUAAAUAAUCCUUUCACUCAUUUCUCAUUUCUGAUGUUGUGGCAUAGUAAAAAUACGACAUUUCUAACUGAAACAACCUUGAAGGAUGACCGACAUGUCCCCCCCUGAAGUGAUUACAUGGAUCACAUAGAGUGAUACACAAGGGGGCAUCCAUGUCUUCAUGACAAGUUACCCUAAGAAUCACACGGCGCCAAAAGCUCUGAGGCAGUUCCAUGAAAAAUGUAUGACCACUUUAUCACCACUGUGCCCGCUAAAGUCAUAUUUAUUUUUCUUAAAUGAUUUACAUUGCAAAUAUGACCACUGUUCAUCUUUGGUCUGACAGGAUGUUAAGUUGUAGUUGCUGCUGAAUUAGUUGCAAGCUCUUUAUCAUUGUUCAUGCUAUGUUAAUUAAUGUAAUAGCAGGAAUGUGAAGUAAAUUAGGCGGUGAACAAGAACAUGAUAAGACAUCAGAGGCUUGUUGCUAUGCUAAUAAGAGUUUCCUUGUCAACUCUCAACUGAGGAUAUGUUUAUUUUCACUAAUGCAUCCCCCACACUUCUCCCUCCUACUCCUCCUACUCUCUCUCCCUCUCUCUUUUUCUGACAUCCAUUAUUCUGUCCUAUCUCUCUCUCCAGGUCGUUGCAAAGGAAAGAUGGACCGAGGGAUGGACGGAUGAUGUAGUUCUUGCUUCCCAAAGGCCAACUGCUAUCUGGGAUUUUUGCAGUCUGAUCGACUCACUUCCACUACCUCAUGAGAAUGACCUUCUCCUGAACUGCUUAAUCAACCCCCCUCCCGUGCACAUAUAAAUACUGGUGAUCACAAAUGUCACACUGAUCACACAUGUCAUGGUGAUUGGACACACAUGCAAUCUAAUAAUCUGCUCUUGCUCAAGCCAUAUCCAGUGAUUGAGGGGUUGACAUGCUGAGGGACACACCGGAGACCUGCGCUCGAUUUACAAGUCAAUGGUGGCUGGAGCCAAGCAUACACAGACUGAUGAGGAAGGUGGAGAGUGAAGGCCUGUUCCAUUAGAGCUCCCAGGGGAGGUACAUGGGCCUGGACGGCGCUCGGACGCACUGACCUCUCCAGGACAGAUUCUGCACAUUUACUAUAGUGAAAACUGGGGAAUCUACAAGACUGACUGCCUCUGGAGUACAAGUUAAUGGAUGUUACUGUUUUUUGUAUUUACAGAUCUGACUGUUAUCUUUGAACUAAGGACAAAAGCAAAAAGCAAGACAUCAGGUUGUACUUUGAGCAGUACAUUGCUGUCCUGCACAGGGGAAAGAGCCUGUGUUUCUUCUAUUUCCUGGUUGGCUUUGUCUUUCCUGCCUGGGAAUAUCAUGAGAUUAUAAACAGGAGGUUACUCCGACAUCUUAUCCUUGUUCCUUUCAAACAUCAGUAAUCCCACUGUUACUGAGGCAAAUGGCCAAGAGAUCUGGGGAAAAAUUCUUUGGACUAUAACAGCCCACAUCACCCAAAAUCACUUGCAACAAGUAGCUGUUUCUGAGCUUUUUUCGCAAAAGAGCCGCUUGACGUUCUUUCGGGAGGCGGACAGGUGCUUUUCAGGCUGUCAGCUUCUCCGGGAGGGACAAGAAGUGAAAGGAAAAGCCUCACUGGGGGGCUCUGCUGGAGCGGAAACACUUUAGGCUAUGUUUGGAUGUGAUGCUUGUCUCUGUGGAUGUAACAUGGACUCUAUGGCCUGAUUACACAGCCCUGGUAUUCAGAUAGCGUUGGAGGGAAAGGUAUAUAUCACAAAAUACAAUUCACUCUCUCUUAAUGUCAUCUUGAAGCCUGUUAACAUUGAAUGAUUUUCAUAUUUCAUGUGCUGAUCAGUAACUUUAACUUGCUCUCUUACCCAGUAGUGAUUACAGUCCACUGUAUUGAUCUUUUUUGGUGCACUCAUGGGCACUUUAAUUAUUAAAGUUAAGAUAAGAUUCUGCCAGAAAUUCCUACUCAGGCACAUAAGAUCUAUAAUGAGUGCUGUAUGACCUACCACUCCCUAAAACAUCAAAUUUGUCCAUGUGAAUGUCAAACCAGUUGUCCAGUCUUUAUUUUUAUUCAGCUUUGAGGACUCUGUGCUGUACUCUAAAGAAAAAUAAUAUGAGAGUACAUUACAAUUAUGUCGGCUUGAAUGUGCUAUAAAACUAAGCCAUGAGAAAAGCCACAAUUUAUUAAGCCAUAGCACAUUUGAGGAGGACAUUAGAAAUCAAUUUGACCCACAUUGUUUCCGUACUGUGUCUCUCUGAUGGAUGUAACAAUCUGAUCAAAAAUGCUACUAGCAAAAGUAAAAUCUUACUGAGACAAGAUAGUGAGUAAUAACUUAAGUCAUAGGUAGAGGAAGACAAUCUAAUAAGCAGGCCAUGAUAAAAUAAAAAGUUAACGCACCAUUUCUGUAUCUGCUCACAGCAUUUUUUAAUUACAGCCACUUCAUCUUCUGUCAAGAUUUCUUAGAUGAGUGAUAACUUCAAAUUUAAAAAGAUGUAAAAACACAGACCUCUCCUCUCUCUCUCUCACCUCUUCUUCAGUUUUGUUCCUAACCUCUCUCUCUUCUUACUUUCAGGAUAAUGCAUAUCCUCCCCCACCUGGAACAAGAAGCCACCAUGAGCAACGUCACGGUCACCGACAACACUGAACCCAUCAGCCGCACCAUGAGUCCGGCCACCCCCAGCCCUUACACCUAUCCUGUCAGUUUCCAGGUCUCACUGACUGGCUUCCUAAUGCUGGAAAUCCUCCUGGGCCUGAGCUCUAACCUCACUGUGCUUGCUCUCUACUGUAUGAAGUCCAACCUCAUUAGCUCUGUUAGCAACAUUGUCACUAUGAACCUCCAUGUGCUGGAUGUGCUGGUCUGUGUUUGCUGCAUCCCGCUCACCAUUGUAGUGGUGCUGCUCUCCCUGGAGGGAGACACUGGUCUUGUCUGCUGCUUUCAUGAAGCCUGUGUCUCCUUCGCUAGUGUUGCUACCGCUGCUAAUGUGCUUGCCAUCACCCUUGAUCGCUAUGACAUCUCGGUCAAACCAGCCAAUAGAGUGCUGACCAUGGGCCGUGCCCUAGCCCUGCUGUCUGCCAUUUGGGUUCUAUCCUUUGUAAGUUUCCUUGUACCCUUUAUUGAGGUGGGUUUCUUUGCACAGGGCCAUGCUGAGCUGAACCAGACAGUGGUAGAGAAUUUAGUCCACACUAACCAGUACUACACAGAACUUGGUCUCUACUACCACUUGCUUGCUCAGAUUCCAAUUUUCUUCUUCACCGCUAUCGUCAUGCUGAUCACCUACUCAAAGAUCCUGCAGGCACUGAAUAUUCGCAUCGGCACCCGUUUUCACGCUUCACAGAAGAAGAAGGCUCGCAGAAAAAAGCGUCCUUCCAUGACAGCUAUGACACCGCAGCAAGAGGCCACGGAUGGAUCCCAAAGCAGUGGCAGCCGUAACCCAACACUGGGUAUGCGUACAUCAGUCUCUGUCAUCAUAGCAUUGCGCAGGGCUGUGAAGCGCCACAGGGAAAGGCGAGAGCGCCAAAAGAGGGUCUUUAGAAUGUCCCUCCUGAUUGUUUCCACCUUCCUGCUGUGCUGGACACCCAUCACAGUGCUCAACACAGUCAUUCUGAGUGUGGGCCCAAGUGACCUUAUGGUCAAGUUGAGACUGGGCUUUCUGGUCAUGGCAUAUGGGACCACUAUCUUUCACCCUCUUCUCUAUGCCUUCACGAGGCAGAAGUUCCAGAAGGUCUUAAAAAGCAAAAUGAAGAAGCGAGUAGUGUCGAUCAUUGAGGCAGAUCCUACCCCAAACAAUGCCAUCAUCCACAACUCGUGGAUCGACCCAAAGAGGAACAAAAAGGUGACAUUUGAGGACAAAGAGGCCCAACAGAAAUGUCUGUCUUCUGAGGAUGUGGAGUGAAGGGACUCAAGGGUAUACAGUCUAUAAAGCAGCUAUAAUUGAUAUCAGGUCUGGAUGUAAAAGGGAAAAUGUUUAUCCAAAGCAGAAAUGUAAAUAAUAUGUGCAAUAGAAUGUACAAAACAAGAAGUGGAUAAUUUAUUAUUAUUUAUUGAGAACAAAAGUAGAUUUCAUAGAUACAACAUAUAUUGAACUGUAGAUAUUGCAUGGCUUUUUGUAACAAUAGCAACAUAACCUACAGAAAAGUGUGUACAUACUUAGAAUAUGUAUAAUAUAGGGUAAACAAGGUAUAUAAAUAGAGACAGAAGUAGAAAUUGUAUUGUAUAUGUAUAUUUAUAAUAAAUCUUGUGUUCACUGACCUAACACAGCAAAAGGUUUCCUAUUUUCCCCUCCCCCACGUAAAGUAUUUGUGAUUCUCAAACAGCUGUGAGAUUACUCCCAUUCAUCACGAUGCCACUUGCUCCGACACUAGACCCUGCACUCCCCAGUGACCACUGACCUCAUUGCCAUAGAAUCCUCUGAGGGGGAGACCCCAGACUUAAAUGAGACUGUAGAUAUGAGGAUGCAUCAAAGAAAUGCAAGUUUAACUGGAGGAAAUGGAAGAAAAAGUGGUACAGCGGCAUAUAGCAACACGUUAUUAGGUUAUAGCUGGGGGGCUAUGAUAUGUCUGCUCAAUAUCACCACUUUAAGUUUUAAAAACACCAUCCAUGACAGAGCGACAUGUUUUGACAUAACCCAGGUGUAAUAAAAGUGUUGUCUGUUUCACCCUACCAGACACCUCUUUGAACAAAUGGAAAAUCUACAGUUGCCUUAUUUUGGUUUGAUGAAUUGAAAACAGCCUUUGAGUGUGAAAAGAGGAGCACAUAUUAAACGGAUGGGAAGAAAAUAAGUAUUUCUGUCCUCCCAAAACAAUACAGAAUCAAACGCUUCUACAUCAAAGUGUUUGGAUCAAAUUAAAGGAGGCUGUUGAAAACGGCUGUCUGAACAAACUGUUUUUUUCUUAAUCACCAAUACUUAAACAACAAGCUCUCCAAAUAAGCAUCCUUAGAGAUUACUGCAAAAAUCUUGAGGUCUAAUGAAAGAUUUGUUCAAACAUAACAAUAGAGAAUGAAUUUCUUCUUCUUGGCCUGUGUGCGAAUACCAACAUUUCAUGUUUUUGUCAAAGACUAAUUUGUUUCUAAAAAAUAGCUGCUACUGGCAGAUGAUCAUGCAGCCAGCCUUGUAUUUUUAGCUUAACUCUUCCAUGAAACCAGUUUGCUCAAAAUAAGUAGGAGUCAUUUUUUUUUUGUUAAGCUGGAGAAAAGUUGAAUUAAUAUGAAUCUACUCUAAAAAAACUGUCAGCUUAUUACAUUCAGCCAGGGCUCUAAUGCCACAUCUAGAUGCAGUGUUACAAUAUCCAUUAGCAUAUAAAACCAUUCUCUGCUAGCCUGGCGGCUCACUUCAUUACAAUCCCUGGGUCAAGGAUUACAUUUGGCUAAGAUUAGGAUAUAUACAGCGUAUGCAUAUGCAUGCAUAAAGGUACACACACAUGGAUAUACACACUGUGAGCAACAGUACAUCUUAAUAAUGAGCUUAUUACGCCUUUGCAGUCUCAGGUACAGCAUAAAAUUGAAGAGCCCUUUAGAUCCAGAGAGCACAGGGCUGUUGGCUGACAGAGCGAUUACACAACCUCAAUCAGAUGCUUCCUUGACUGCCGAUGUGUGGUGUGUUGAACAAGGGGGAGAGCUGAUAUGGGAAUAUUGAUGCAGACUGGGUUUUUUAUGACCCAGCUGUAAACAAGCAGUGUGGAUAUCACAGUACCUUGAGGGCAUGUUUGUGAUUGAGCAGAGAGAUGGGAUCACAGGCUGCAACAGAUUAGCCAACAGGGGAGGGGGAAAAUAACCCAUGAGAUAAAACCCGGUGCCAGAGGUGGGAUUUAACACACAUAUUUAAAUGAGUCUGACCUUGGGAGGGAAAAACUUUAAAGAUGGGGUUUCAAAAUACUUUCGCCUAUUCCAAUUUCUAACAAUAAUACAUAACAAGUGGUUCAAAAAGAGGAUAAUUUAAACCUGAGCUCAAAUGUCAGCUUUUACUUCAAACUUCAUCACUGCGCCUGAAAUAACUCACUUAUAUUGAUUAACUUCUAAAAUUACCUCAUAAAGAUCAAUACUAUUUACACUGACAGGACUCACACAGGCUCAGCCAGAAAGGACUUUCAAGCACAACUAGCAUCGCAUGAUGUUCUGACUUAAUCACCAUUUAGUUAACACUCCAUUAUUCAGUCUGACAUCCUCUUCUUCGUAGUCAUUUUCUCUUUGGGAGGGGGUUGUUUUGCUCUCACUAAUCACUGCGACUGAUGUAUCUGUCUUCCUGAUGUAAUUUUCAUUAGACACUGAAGCUUCUGUGCAUCAGAUAGGGGCUUGAAAUUUAACAUGUUCACUGAUGUCUUUAUCAGGGGUAGUUAAUUACACUGUUAACUAUUUUCAUGUCACUUGGCACUCUGAGAUAAACCCCUCAGCUUCUUUCAUUUUCUUUGCAUUAAGGUCAUAGGGUACAAGCGCUAUAAAAGCUUUACAUUUCAUCACAAUUUAAAGGCCCUGAUUCAUAAACUAAACAUCUCUUCACUGAAAUAUGCUGGAAAAAAAGAGGAAACAUAAAGGAAAAAAACAACCUCCUUUUUGGAAUAAAUGCCUUCAACACAGAACAGAGUUCGCACCUCAAAGUUGUUUCUGGUUAUUUUCAUUUACAGGCUCGAUAGUUCCUCUUGUUUCAAUGCUGCUAUUUUUGUUUGGAUUCUGGCGUCGCCUUAGUUAGACAGUAGCCUCAACCUUGGUCCCAUCUAUAAAGGCAGUGACUGGCUCAGUACCGUCUCCAACUGACAGGAAGGAGACUCAUGCGAGAAAAAACAGACCUUUGAAACUGUUUGCAAAACUUUAAAUGAAACAAUGUAGAAGGCCAAAGAAGGGCUGACAGUUGACACUAAAUACCAGAGUGGAUGCACAGUGUCUCCCAGCAAACUCAAGACUGAAAUUCUGUUAAAUACUUGUCCUGCACCAAAAUAAGGGCUGAGCAAUUCUGGGAUAUAAAUCAAUGUUUUUUUAAAUUUUUUUCCCCCCCAGAAAGUAUUGAUUUUUCAGUCACGAGUAUUGAUACAUUAAGUCUCAUUAAAAUCCCCCUUGUUCUGCCCGGCACUCUACUAGCUGCCCCCCAACCCCGCCCCAUUCGCUUUGCGGGAAAAGCAAGCAGGUUAGCCAGCCACUGGUGUGGCUGUGGAGAAUUUCUGGCAAGUAUCCCAUCUAGAUACUGUUUUAACAUAGAAGAAGUCAGAGCGAGGAGAUUGAAGAAAAUGGCGGGGGAUAUAACUCCAGCACUGUCAUGCUUUAAAGUAGGAGUGUACUGAAAAAUUUUGGCUGAAAAUGGUCCAAAAGUGCAUUUACGGUUUUUGGCCGAAACACUUUUUUCACUGAAACAACACGGAUGUUGUGAUGACGCAAACAAAACCCAUUACCAGUACACGCUUGUCUGGAUAAGAACCAACAUGUAUGCGGUGUAGACAUAUUUUAAGUAUCUGAGAAGUACGCAUAGUGAUUAGCAUAGUGUGUAAUGCUAACAUUUCAUGAGGGGAAGUAUCUGCAAAGAGUUUCUUCACAUCAGGUUCAAUUUAUCCCCUGAAAUCCAAACAUCCUGAUCGCCAUUCUGAACAUGAGAAGAAUGCGGCACAGAACAGGAAAAUACCUCCGAGCACGCCCACUCCGUACGUGGCAGAUGUUGUAGCCAAAUACACAAAUGAAUGUUCACUUCCUUUCACCUUUUCUCUUAACGUUAUCAGAAAUCAACACCAUGUUCAUCUCCUGCUCCCGGCUGCUUGAAAGAAAACACACUGAAGCUACUUCUUCUUCUUCUUCUUCUUUAUAUUGUUGUGUCUCUACAGCUCGCUGAUCGCAUCGCUAAUAUUUCAAAAGCAAUAUCAAGCACUAAACACAAACAAUUCUUCAAACUAUAACAGAAUUUAGAUCAUGUAUAUUAUAUAGAGGAGGUACAGUGGGUGAUGUAGGUGAUUGCUCUUUUUUCACCAGCAGGCUGGUGGCAAUGUGUUACCAUAGUAGCCAGACACACUGUGUCUAGUGCUCUGAAGAAUAAUUCUAACUUAAAUUUUUCUAUUAUAAGGUAUGAUUUGAAGGGAUGAAUAAAGUUGUGUUAUAGGAUCCAAUUGACUUUUGUUCCAAUAAGGAUACUGAAAUAAUACGAGUUAGUUGAUGCAAAACUGUGUCCUAAAAUCUUUAACAGACCUUAGUGGGAGUUGGAGCAGCAUGCACAACAUGGUAAUAGUCUACAGGCAUGUAAGACAAAAAUACAGACUACGCAUGGAGUGCAGUCACUUCUCUGUGUGCUAUAGCGAGGAGAAUCAAUAAAUAAAAAAUGAGAGAGCGGUGAGAACAUAAAUCAAACGAAGUACUGUUAAACUCAACAUGCAUAGCUGCAUUAAGCUUUGCUCAACAACCAAAGCCAAAAAAAGAGAGAUAAAUAUCAGACGUACCCUUCUUCAUCAGCUCAGUGACCCUACCUACUACUUAAAAAAAACGAAUCAAUCAAAGGUUAAGUCAAAUCUCAAGGUUACUGGUUAACAUAUUGUUGAGGUUAGCAGGUCACUAAAAUACACCUCUAACCUCCGCUGACCUGCAGAUAAAACAACGGUCAAUACACGGCCAUAGUCAAUAGCAGAGGUGUAAUAAUGCUCUAUGUGAGCCUUGUUACAAUCACUUGACCCUGGUGUGUCCUUCCCUCUCUCCUAGAUAUUCCACAUCAAGGCUGGUACUUACUGCUGUUCAUAUCUCAUGCAUUAUGUCCCUCACUUCCCUCUCUCGCUUUCUCUCUCUCUCUCUCUCUCUCUCUCUCUCUCUCUCAAUGGCUGCUUCUCUUGGACAGCCAUUCCCAAUUCAGAUGGCAUCUCCUCUAGGCCCCUCUCUCUAUCCAGCCACAGACACAGAAUAAAAGCCUGGGAAAUCACAUUACUUUGUCCGUAUGGAGCCUCUAUUGGAUUAGGUCAGCGAACACUCAACUGUAAUUCUGCUAUCGGAGAGAAGAAGAAAGUGAAUUGAGCACACCAGUCAGCACAGCUUGACAAAUUGUGGCUUGUGGUCAUUUUCCAAAUGUUACUCUCACCGAGCUACAUUUAGGGAGACGGUGGGACACUUCAUGGAGUUGGAAGAUAAAUGGCUGUGAUAUGCAACCUAUAAUUGUGUACAAGAAAAUCUAUGGCUCAGACAGAAGGCAGGAAUCACAUAAGACGGGUACAAUGGGGUAUGACCGCUACCUACUAUGACCUUAUCAACACUGCUGUGUACCAUGGGAGAGAAAUGACACACCAGUCUGCCUUUAAUCAGUGCUGUGAAGAUUACUACUCUCUGUUGAUUUCAAUAGAAAGUAGACAUCUAAUGAUACAACCAGAUGUCUUAUUUACUACCAGCUCUACAUCUGACGACGUAUAAAUCCUGAGGGUUAACACAGAAAAUAACUUCAUACGCAUGCUUAUGCAGACAAUAUUAAACAAAGUAUUGUUUUAAUACUAAUCAUUCAAUAAAAUGUGCCACCAUACUGCUAAAUCUUAAUCAUCCUCAAGGUAAAAGUAGCUCAGACAAAAAGGACAGAAAAGCACAUUCUUAUCGCACUAAACCACAAACGUGAAGGACAAAAAGGAGUUCUAAGUUUUUGUGCCGACAUGGCUGCAUGCCCAACGUGUGAGCAAACCUGCCGGUCAGUGCGUGGUUGUGUGAGGCGUUCAUGCGAUCAUCCAGCAGUGUGUGCGUUCUAUAUAUUUGGGAGUACACUCCACCAUGUGCGGCUGUGCCCAUAUGUAUCAGUGCAAUUGUUUUAUCUGGCAAUGACAAAGUGUCAUCCACUGUGAAAGAGAGGAGAGACAGCAGGGAGAAGAUCGCUGCCCUCCAGCUCUCCUCUCAGUGAUGAUGACUACACUGUCUGGUGAUUAUACCUUCGCUCUUCUCUCUACAUAUAAAGAAUAUGAAUGGCAAUGCCACAAUAAAGCUUAUUCACACAGCAGAGCAGUCUGAGUCUGACUAUAACAGGCUGAGCGUUUGUGUUCAGUAAAGCAACAAUUGACUUUCACACUUAAAAAAAGAGACUAUUUUCCUGCAAGUGUUCACAAGCCACAAUAGAAAAGCAAAGUGGUAGAAGUUACUGUGGCGCAGUCGGGGCCCCUGAAGUAACAGUCCAAUUCAUUUGCUGCAAGGACAAAGUUUGACUGGAGUGAACAAGAAACUCAUCAUGGUUGAGACAUUAGAAAGCAUUGGCUGGUCCUUUAUCAAAAAGUUAAUAGCCCAUGUUCAUAGUUUUAAAGGUGAGAAGUUCACUACAGCUGUGUGUCAAUUCAGUCGUGAAGCAAUAUUAAAAAAAACUUUUGAAAAACUGCAAAGUGUUGUUUCAUUGGAAGUCUGAAGAACAGAUCAAUUUACGGCGAACUAUUCACUUAAAAAGGAAAACUUUUCUUCCCUGGUGGCAGAUGACCUGAUUUCUUUUUUUACCCUUCACAGCCACCAUUUAAGCCUCUCUCACAUUAUAAAUGUUCUCUUUGCUCUACAGAAGGUAGGACAGAGACAGAUAGGGUACUUAGCGUACUGAAGUGUUCAUAAUAAAGUGCACCACCCAGAUUUUUUUUUUACAACACUGGCUAUACUCAGCUAUUCUUUAUGCAUAAUAUAGUAUAUGUAUUGUAGACAUGUGUGAUAAGAGAUUAUUGACUCAUACUGAAUAUUCACUGUAUAAACUUUAAUCCCGAAUAGGGAUGCACUGAAAAAUUCCAGCCAAAAAUGGCCUAAAAGUGCAUUUUCCUUUUUUGGCCGAAACACUUUUCUUACCGAAACAACACAGCUGAAACAGAUGUUGUGAUCGAGUAAAAACCGCAGCCAGAACGCACUUGUCUGGAUAAAAACCGACAUGUCUGCUGUCAGGACGUAUUUAAAUAUAUCUGAGAACCAGGGAUAGUAAUUAGAAUAGCGGUAAUUCCAAAAUUUCAAGAAUGGGUGCAUCUGCAAAGCUUUUCUUCAUGUUGGGUUUAAUUUAUCACCUGAAAUCCGAACAUCAUGAUCGCCAUUCUGAAUGCAA